AUGGCCGAACCCCCGACUGUCAUUUUGGAACAUCAAGUUUCUCGUUUGUUACGAUACUCAGAUCUUAUCCCUCGUCUGGAGGAAGCUUUGGCCAAAUUUUCCUUAAGAGACACUUCAGAGGUGAUACAGCCAGUGAGGUCUUCAAUACCCUUGAAAAAACACAAGGGAAAUAUCUUCUUGAUGCCAACAUACAUGGAAAACAACGGAAUCUUAUGUACAAAAUUUGUGAGCACCUACAAUCGUGAGAAAGAUUCUGAGCUGCCAUCAAUUCAAGCCACAGUAGUUCUGCUCGACCCUGAGAGUGGAACAACAAUGGCCGUGAUGGAAGGAAAUGUCAUUACCUGCAUGAGGACGGCCGCGGCGUCAGCCAUUUCUGCAAAGCUUUUGAUGCCUCACAAAGCGGAAGUGUUGGCCAUCUUGGGAACAGGACAACAAGCCCUGAGCCAUUAUAAUGUCUUCACAGAGAUGUUUUCAUUUAAAGAGGUGCGCGUGUGGGGCCAUAGGAAAGACGGAAUGGACAGGUUUCAGAGCUCCGUCAGUGGUCCGGUUACCCUGUGUGACUCCGCUAAGACAGCGGUGACGGAAGCUGAUGUCAUUGUGACGGUGACUUCAAGUUCAGAGCCGGUGCUCUUUGGAAAGUGGGUCAAACCGGGAGCCCACGUGGCUGCGGUUGGAGCUUGCAGUCCCGACAGGAGAGAACUGGACAACGUGCUGAUGAAGGAGGCGGUGGUGUACGUUGACAGCAGGGAGGGAGCAGCAGUAGAAUCUGGUGACAUCCUUCUCUCCGGGGUAGAAGUGUUUGCAGAGCUCGGAGAAGUUAUCAGCGGGGGAAAACCUGCACUCAGAGAGAAGACAACUGUGUUUAAGUCCCUUGGAAUGGGUGUUGAAGAUGCAGUGAGUGCUAAGCUAGUGUUUGACCAGUGGAAAGCAACCAACCAACUAUGAAGUCACGUCACCUAACUCGCACUUUUCAUGACUAUAUUUAGUUUCAGUUUAGUUUAAUUCAUACAUCAUUGAAGGAAUACCGGUGUUCGGCCAUUCCUUACUACACAGCGAAACGUCCUACACAAUGCUCAGCGCUUGCGCGAGCAUCCACACGCAUGCGCACAUCGGUUAGAAGCGGCGAGUACUAUUUUUGUUUUUAUUUAGUUAUUUAGAACCUUUUCACUGCCUCAAAUAUACUUUUUGCAUGUAUUACCCUCUCAUACUUUUAACCAUUGUGUUUUUUUGUGUUAAGCUUUGAAUCAGUUGACCACAUUAGUCACGUAGCGUAUUUGAACCAUCCUUAUUUGAUAUAACUACAUUUAAGUAUUUUCUGCAGGCAUUUUUGUAGUACGUUAUUCCUGUAUCCAUCCAAACAAAACACGUUUAGAGCGCACGGUAGUACUUUGGGUGUCAAAUUCGACCAAUGUAGCACGUUUCGCCGGUGUAGCAGAUUUUGGCAGAACACCGGUCAUAAUCAUAUUAUACAAGCAGUUCAUAUGAUAAAAUGCGCGAAAAAGACACUCCAAAGAAGCUAUUUAAAGCUUUUAGUAGGGGCCCAGUUGGACAGCAUACACACACCUAUACCCAUACAAACAAUUAACUGUGGACAAUUUCAACACUGAA